AUGGAAAAAAAUCUUGGCUUUCCUUUAAUUGAACAUUUACGCCGUUUUGGCAAAAAAGUUCGUCUUUUACGAGCCCAUACUAGAUUAGGAUUGAUUAGAGCAAAACUGGCUGGUGCUAAAUAUGCUAGAGGGGAUGUUGUUGUCUUUUUAGAUUCUCAUUGUGAGGCUAAUGAAGGAUGGUUAGAACCUCUACUUCAAAGAAUUAAAAAACAACGUUCAGCUGUUGUUUGCCCCGUUAUUGAUAUUAUUUCUGAUCAAACAAUGGAAUAUCAAAUUGGGGGUGCUGGUGGUAUAGGGACUUUUUGGUGGAGUUUGCACUAUAGUAUGUCUGAAAUACCUGAAAGAGAAAAGAAAAGAAGGAAAAAUCCGGAAGUAGACCCUUUAUUAACCCCUACAAUGGCUGGAGGGUUAUUUGCUGUUAACAGAGAAUAUUUUUUUGAAGUUGGAGGUUAUGACCCUGGAAUGGAUAUUUGGGGUGGAGAGAAUUUGGAAAUAUCUUUUAGAGUUUGGAUGUGUGGCGGAUCAUUAGAAAUAAUUCCCUGUUCACAUGUUGGGCAUAUUUACCGAAAUGGCCAUCCUUACAACAUGACAGGUCCGGGCAACAAUAAAGACGUUCACGGGACAAAUUCUAAAAGGCUGGCAGAAGUUUGGAUGGAUGAUUAUAAAAGGCUAUUUUAUGUGCACAGAAUGGGGUUAAAAAAUGUUGAUGUUGGCGAUUUAAGUGAAAGAAUAUUACUUAGAAAAAGAUUAAAUUGUAAAUCUUUUAAAUGGUUUUUGGAUAAUGUUAUUCCAGAAAAGUUUGUACCAGAUGAAGAUGUUAAGGUUCAAAAUUUAAAUGGAAAACUUUGUUUGGAUACUUUACAAAGACUAGAAAAUAAAGGGAUUGUUAAUUUGGGUGUGUGGGAAUGCCAAAUUGAGGGAAGUUCUUCACAGGCUUUUAGUUGGAGUAAAGACAAGCAAUUAAGACGAGAAACAACUUGUGUUGAUAUUGAUCCAAUAAAUAAAAAUUUGAAAGGAAAACAAAAAGUUGUAUUAAAGGAUUGUGUAAAAAGUCAAUUAAUACAAUUUGAACAUUUUAAAGGAGGACUUUUACGACAUUUAAAUAGCGGCCUAUGUUUGGAUAUUGAAGGGCUAAAUUCUGGAGAUGAUAUUUAUUUUAAUAAGUGUGAUGAAACGGUGGAAAGUCAAAAAUGGGUGUUUUAUGGAAAUUAUUUUUAA